AUGGAACCAGCCUGGAAGAAACUCGGGUUAAAAGUCCUGGAAUCCCAAGAUGAAGGUAUCAAACAUAUCGAUAGUCAUACCACCAAGAAACGUCCAGCACCCACCAACAAAGGCCCUAAACCUCCUAAAAGAGUGAAACUUCCUAAAGAUCAAAAACCUCCACCGCCUAUUAACGAUGGAUGGACCUAUGUAAAGCAAUUCUACCACAAAGAUAACUGGAAAUUCUCCAAACAGAAACAGAACUGGGUAUUGAAGAACAUGAAGCUGUGCCCUGAAGAGUACCAGGAGUAUUUAGUGGAGUAUGUUAGUACCAUUCAAGGAGGAGGUAGAGACAGAUUAGUGAAGGAGUUUGAAGAAGUAGUAAGGAAGUGGGACCAGAUGAUGAAGGAGGUCGAGGAAAGGAUGGAGAAGAAGUUAAAGGGGGAGGAAGUUGAGGGAGAGGUCGAGGAGAUGGACCAGACGUAUGUUGAGUUGGUGAAGAGGGUGCUCAUCAAGAUGGGUGUUAGAAGUGAAGGUGAUAGCCUGAAGGAAGCUGACGAGUCUGAGGAAGUUAGUGAGACCAAGGAGGCCAGCCAGACCAAGGAAGUCAGUAAGGCUGCCGCUGAUAAGAAGAAAGAUAGCGCUAAAGCCAGUAAGGCUAAAGAUAGCUCAGAAAGUGAUAGCUCAGAAAGUGAUAGCUCAGAUAGCGAUAGCUCAGAUAGUGAUAGCUCAGACAGUGAUAGUGGUAGUGACAGUGAUGAAAGUACCAGCGAUAGUGACAGCGACAGUGACAGUGACAGUGAUAGCGAUAGUGACAGUGAUAGCGACAGUGACAGUGAUAGCGACAGUUCCAGCUCCAGCUCCAGUUCCAGCGACACCUCUGGCACUACUCGCGCGACUUCUCGAAUCGUCGACACCAUCAACAUAUGA